ACCGGCGUCUGUGCUGCUUCAGUCUGGAGGAUCUGAGCAGAGGAGCAAGAGCGUGGACAAGUCACAGAGGUCCACCAGGAGAGAGUGACUGUGUCCCAUGUUGUUCUGGGUCUGACUAUGCGGCUCUUGGUUGUGGGCAUAGUUUCUUGUAUGAUUGUGCUUUCGUCUGAGGUGACUGAGGACCACAGCCACAUAAAAGUAGCAGAGCAGCUGGACUACAGCAGGAUUUCCCUGCCACCAGAGCACAUACCCUACUUCCUCAACAACAACAAGAGGGUCACCAAGAUAUGCCGCAAGGACGCCCUUUGCCCUUUUAAAGAAGCUCUGGGCAAAUCAGCAUGUUGGGGUUAUGAAAAGAACUGCGAUCCAAAGAAGCACUUUGGCUAUCCUGUUUGCACCAAAGUCGACACAGGAUGGGCACGUACACUGGAAGCAGCCCAGAAGGUUUUCUGGAAGCAGGCUGAUUUUGGCUAUGUGAAAGAGCGCCUCUCUGAGCUCAAAGUAUUGUGCAAGCCCACCAAGCCGGGAGAUUCCACAUUGAAAUGCAGCAGCCACACUCGAUUCUGUAAGGCAACAAACCUUUAUUUGGACUUGCGUAACCCUCGGCGAAGCCAUGAGAGAUACAAGGAUGAUUUCAUUCAGAGAGGUGAGAUUGGCGGCAGCUGUCGACUGAACAAGCGUGCACUAGCUGCUGCUGGAGAGCAUAAGAGCCCUUUACAAUCCUGGUAUGCUGAGCUUCAAACAUACACAGAGUUAAACUUUCAACCCACUGAUGACCAACACUGUGACAUGAUAAUAGACAAACCUACUAUUUUCAUGAAACUGGAUGCAGGUGUGAACAUGUAUCAUCACUUCUGCGACUUUGUCAACCUUUACAUUUCCCAGCACAUCAACAACUCCUUCAGCUCAGACGUCAACAUCGUUAUGUGGGAUACGAGUAACUACAGCUAUGGGGAUCUUUUCAGUGAAACAUGGCAGGCCUUCACAGAUUUUGAUAUCAUCCACCUGAAGACCUAUGACUCUAAACAAGUAUGCUUCAAAGAUGUUGUCUUUUCCCUCCUUCCAAGAAUGAGAUACGGGCUUUUUUACAACACUCCUCUAAUUUCCGACUGCUCCAGUGAAGGGCUGUUCAGGGCUUUCUCUCAACAUGUCCUCCACAGACUGCACAUUGCUCAGACUGGACCAAAGGAGGGGGCAGUUCGCGUCACCCUGCUGGCACGUAGCACCGAGCACAGGAGAAUUUUAAACCAAGUUGAGCUGGUAAAUGCCCUGAAGACGGUGCCAUUACUGGAGGUCAAUGUGGUUGACUACAAAUACAAGGACAUUUCUUUCCUGGAGCAACUGAGGAUCACCCAUAACUCUGAUGUGUUCAUAGGAAUGCACGGGGCAGGCCUCACACAUCUGCUCUUCCUCCCUGACUGGGCUGUCAUAUUUGAGCUAUAUAAUUGUGAGGAUGAGAGCUGCUAUCGGGAUUUGGCGCGUCUGCGGGGCGUCCGAUACGUGACUUGGCAGAAAAUUGACAAAGUGUUCCCCCAGGACAAGGGGCACCACCCGACUCUAGGAGACCAUCCAAAGUUUACCAACUACACUUUUGAUGUGGAGGAGUUUAUGCGGAUUGUGUUGGAGGCAGUGGAUUAUGUCACUGAACAUCCCAAAUGGAAACGUCCCACACUACAUGAAGAACUAUGAGGGAGAGGCUGCUGUUUACUCUGGAGGCUCACAGGAGUUUGAACGAAAUUGAUACCUCAGUUUUUACCAGCAACCUGACACUAGAUUACUAUUUUCUAGUAAGUUUUAUUUUUUGAGUGAAGGAAAUGAAGGCACUACACCAGUUUAUGUUCAUCCCAUGAGGACAGUAUUAACCAAAAUGCAGUAACCACAAGAUUGCUUCAUAUGUGACACGUUGUCAUGUUUUAUCAAUGUUAGUGCCUCUUUAAGCUUAUGUGGAGGAACAGAUGUCUCUAAACACUGACAUACCGUUACACAGCUAAUAGAAAUGAAGCGGUCUAGGUUAUCAAUUACUUUAAUAUGACAUAACCAAUUGAGUUGCAUAUAUUCAUAUUGUCGAUUGCACAUUUACCACUGACUGGAUCAUUUGUCCAGAUUUUUUACACAAAUAUCUUUUUAAAACUGGAAAACGGUGUAUAAUAUGAUAACUGAUUUCAAAUGUGUCUAAUGUUUACCCAAAAAGAUCUAUUUUGGCUCUCAUGAUAAAACACUAAUAACAAGCUAAACCAACGCUGCUACAUACCACACCAAACCAGUGUUCUUGUAAAUUUAGUGUCCUGAACAUUUCAAACUACUUUGUGAAACAAAGAAAUACUGACUAAUUAUUUAUUUGUUGACCCAGUCUUUAUGGUUUAAAAAUGUUUUGUUGUUUUCUAAUUCUUGCACAGUUUUUUACACAUUUUUGUUCUUUGGCUUAAAAUGUUUUAUUCAAUGCUUUGCUAUUUGCUACUGAAACUUUUAACAUUUUUAAUCAAAAGAUGAACACAGCAGUUAUGGUCAGUUCUAUACUACGACAAAGCUGUUUUGUUUUUUUGUUUUUUGGGGUUUUUUUUGUUUUGUUUGAGUCCAGGAAGUGUUAAGUUACCCAAAAAUAUAAGCACAAUUUUGCUGCCUGAUGCAAUGGUGGGGAAUAUUUGUUUCUGCUCAGAAUACUGCUUUUGUGGCAUUUUGUAUUAUGUUUUAUUUAUGGAUAAAAUUGUGUUCAACUGACUCAGAGUUUUUUGGUUAUUUCUAGCCUUUAUAACAGUGUGAUAUUUUCAAAUAAAUAAUUCUGAAAU